GUUUUCACCAGAGGCUGCUCACUCUAGAGCGCGUGGGUGAUACUAGAGGAAAGCAGAGCGUGCAUUACCGGGCAUGCGAAGCGAGAAUGCCAGACUGGUCUGGAGGCUGCACACUGUAUCCCCCAAAAUCCCUAUAAUUACCGACAAAACCGUACCGGUUCCUUUGCUAUCGACCAUCCUAAAUCUGCACAAGACAAUUGGAUUUCUUGUCUACUCUGAUUUGUGUCUCUAAGGAGGAGAGAUGAGAGUUCACUUCCCUGCCAGUUGGAUAUUUCAAGGCUGGGUCACCCAUCUGGUUCUCAAUCUGUGCGCACAGAGAGCCCUCUCCAGACCCACCUGUACCCAGCAGCAGUACCUCAAAGACAAGAGAUGCUGCAGGAGGUGUGAACCAGGCUCCUAUGUGUUUGCAGAGUGUUCUGGGUACUCUGACACCAAGUGUCGUCAGUGUGGUCGUGAUGAGUACCAGCCUGACUGGACCAACGAGACCAAGUGUCUGCCACAGAAGUUCUGUGACACAGGUAAAGGUUUUAAUCGUGAGAGGCCCAGUAACCCCCAGGCUGCGGUACCCUGUCAAUGUCAACCUGGUCUAGAGUGUUCUCCUAUCAACUGUGAGUUCUGUGAGAAGAUUCCUACCUGUGGACCAGGAUAUGGACUGGAGACUGACACUGAGGCGGGCAGGAGAACUUGUGUUGCGUGCAAGAGAGGAUAUUUCUCUCCCAACACCUCUAUAGAACCAUGCAGACAGUGGACCAAUUGUAAAGGCCUGGGGAAGAGUGACAAAAAGACCGGGAGCGACCAGACUGAUGCUGUCUGUGGACCCCAUCUCUCUGGUUCCUCUACCUCCUCCUGGGUCCUAGUGUGUAUUCUGUCAGUCAUCACUGUCCUCUGUCUCCUCAUCCUCCUGCUCUUCUGCUACAAGGACAAACUCAAACUACUCUCAGUGAAUUUGCGAUUAUGUGUCCAGAAUCUGAAAAGGACCCGGAUACAGCAGGAGACUCUGGCCCCUCUCUACCACAGUGGGGAUGAAGGAGGUGGGGUAGGGGGGCAGAACUGCACCCUGUGUGAGAAAACCUGUCUGAUUGUCCUUGCUGACACCCCCUCAGAAACUCUACACACCUGUCCUACAGCCAUACCUGGUGACCGGGUCAAACUACCACCCAUUAAAGAGAUGAAGGAGGAGAGGAGGGAGGAGGAGGAUGAGGGGAUGGGAAGUGAGGGGUCAGGGGAGGCGGAGGAGGUUUCUGAGGAGGCUGUGUGUGAGGAGGGUGUAUCAGAGGGUGUGUGUGUGUCUCCACUGUGGGCUGGCUCCUGUGUGUGUGUGUUGUCUGUGAGGGAACCUUUAGAGGUAGGAGAGAAUGAAGACUGUAGUCAGGCCGUCAACCCUGGAACCCUCGGGACCUGCUCCUGUGGAGGAGAUGGGGAGAGCAGGGAUGGAAAGAAGGAUGAAAGGAAAGAUAGAGGGAGGGAGAGGGCCAAGAUGGUUGAGGGCUUGCAAGGGAAGAGCUCUGAGAUGAGCUGUAAUACCUCCCCCUACUCCCUCUCUCCCACCUCCUCCCCCCUUUCCCCUGUCAUGCGGUCAUGUGACCUCUACCUGCCACUGACCCCAGCCAGGUCAGAGGUCAAAGCUCAGCUGAUUGACAGCUCACAGAGGAAAGUGGAUGGGCUAUACAGACUGAACUCUAGCAUAAGCUCCACCCCCACCACAGACACCACACCCACUUCAACCUCCAUAACCUCUCCUGACCCCUCUGUAACCGUGGGAGACCAGCAGUCCAAGCUAAGCUCUGAGGCCUCCAGCAGUGAGCCAGACCAGGGACUUUCCUGGAGGGGCAGUGGAGGAAACAAGCUCUUAUCUGGGGGCUCGGAGCUGGAGUGUGCCCCUGAUUGUAUCCAGAGCCAACUUGCGGAACCAGCACUCACCUCAGGUCAGGUGACGGGGAACAAUAACACCACCUUCAUCUCCAGCGGUCAGGUUAUGAACUUCAGCGCUGAUGUCAUCGUCGUCUACGUCAGCCAGACGUCGCUAGGCAACGAGGAGGAAGGGCCAGAUGAUGCAUUCGGAAUCCCCGUCCAGGAACAGGCCAAUGAGAGAGCUCCGUUGUUCCAGAGUUCUGCCUCCUCCAAAAGUGUUGGUCAUUCACCUCCACCUUCUCCAAGGAACUCCAUUACCCAUAACCCCCCACAGCAGGAUGACAACCUGCCAGUUCAGGAAGUGACUGAUGAGUUGCCCAGUGACUGAUGAAGUGAGACAAGAAAAUUGUGGAUAGUGUACCAUAAAGAGAGGAGUGAAGCCACAGACUUGUUGACACUUCAAAACCUAUUGCUACGACCUACUUGAAACAAUAGUCCAUAGUCUUCCUGGGUAGGUGCUAGGAAUUGGAACUGUGCCAUAGACUUAGAACUGGAACCUGGAGGACUGUGUUCCUCAUCUGGACCUCAUGGCUGUCUCAAUAGUCUCAUGAAGCCUCCUUUACUUCAUUGUCUCCUUUCUUUCAUUCUUACUGAUCUAAAAGAGCUGGACAACUGAAAUCAAGUCCAUGAGUUUGACUCCCUUCUUGUUGUUAUCCUUGGUGUUGAUUUCUUCUCAGAGCACCACGAGUGCGGUUUGUUGUUAAGAAAAAUGCUAUGCAUUUGUUGAGCUAUAUACUAUACAUGUAAAUGUGUUUAUUUUCUAAAAUAUUUUUGAUGUUGAACUAAUGAAGAAAUAUUUGGAACGAAAGCCUUAUUGUCGUACUACAAAAACCAUGGAAGUGGAUCAGUGAUCCACACUCGUGUGAUGAGUAACCUUCUCUGAAAAUACUUGUGUUAGCUUUAGCUCAGAGGGCUAACACAGUCUUAUGGACAGCAGGACACCCGGGAUUCAUCCACCUUAAUCAAUUGUGUUGACCCAAAGAGAAUAAAGACUGCACUAUGCAGAAAUCACUCCGCCAUUUCGUGGUUACUAAAAUCGAAUAGUUUGCCUAAUUUCAGUCUGUGACAAAACAAGCAUGUCUAGUGUAGAGAAUCAUUGUAGCAUCUAAAUCGCUGGGAAAUAUAUUUACCGUAAUCAAAAAUGUUGUAUUUUCAGCUGUUUGAAGCUGGUGUAAAAAGAUUUAAGUAAAAGACGCAAAAAACUAAACUUCAGAACAGAACGCAUAGAAAUAGUGCAUAUAGAACAUAUCUACUGCUUCUUUGCUUUGAAUGAUAAUGACCGAUCGAUAACUCCCGUUUCUAUGUGAAUUUGGUUGGGUCGCCCAAAAAGUUACAUAUUGCAGCUUUAAGACUUUACCUGGUUGAACAACAUAGUGUCUCCGAGCAUUUUGUAUUAUUCAAUAUUUAAAUCAGAGACACUCACAUUUAGUGUCAUAUGUUAUGUUUCAUAUGGUAUGUAUUCAUUUGAGGAUGCCCAUCAUCCAUUUCAUAUGAUAUGUUACGAAAUCCAAAUUGUAUAAUAUGUUACGAAUUUGAAAAAUGUAUGAUACAGUAUGUUACGAAUUCCAAUUUGUUGAGGCUAACGUUAGCUAGGUGGGUAGGAGGCUAACGUUAGCUAGCUGGCAAACGUUAGUUAUGCUAGGGGUUAAGGAUAGCAGGUUAAAGGGUUGGGUUUAGCUAAAAGAGUUUUGAGUUCGGGUUAGCUAAAAAGUGUAAGGUUAGGGGAAGGGUUAGCUAACAUGCUAAGUAGUUGCAAAGUAGCUAAAAAGUAGUAAGUAGUUAAAGUAGAUAAUUAGCUAAAAUUGUCUGUGAUACGAUUCGAUAAUGUUUGCAUUAUACGCCCACCUGUCCCCCCUGUCCUUUACUUUUUGCCUUAAGUAAACUUCUGUCUUUUGUAACCAUACCAAACGUAACAUAUACUAAUGCUAGUGUCUCGGAUUUACAUUUACUAUGUUACGUCUAUUCUAUUAGACCAGGCUGUGUUGAAAUGAAAACCAGCUCACACAGUUAGUCUACAAGUCCAAGUCUAAGACCAGCUAUUGAAUAGCUAACCAAUCAAAUAAAGCUUUCAAGAGUUGAAGGUGAAAACUUGUCUGUAAAUAAACUAUAAAUAUUGAUUCAAAUUUCAAUAAAUGACAGAACUGUUUUGAUUCAAA